GUCAACCACAUUCAUUACCAUAAUCACUCCCGCCAUUACACGACCCCAACAACCUUAACUACAUGUCCUAAAACCGAAUUUAUAGUUUACUUUCCUUCCAAGUUUGUUAUUCCUUCCCCCGAUUCCCCGCAUUUAAACGAGGUGAAAACCAUAACCGAUUCCGAUCGAGAAGUUUUUUUUUUCUCUUGAGAUCGAAUCGGCAUGACGAAUCCCGACAAACAGAAUCCGGUCGAAGCUCCCGACGUCGAGGCAGCGCCGGCGGCGAAGACGGAGACGACGCAGGGAUCCGGAACGUCGUCGUUUUCUGCGAUUACUCAGAGAUGGAAGAGGGAGGAUUUGGUAAAGAAAGCGUCUCCGAUCGCGAGAGGGUUGUGUCUUCUGUUCUCUCUCCUCGCUUUCAUCAUCAUGGUCUCUAACAAACAUGGAUACGGUAGAAACUUCGACGACUACGAAGAGUACAAAUAUGUUUUAGCUAUUGCGAUCAUCUCGACGGUGUACACUGCGUGGCAAACGUUUGUACAUCUCUCGAAGAGAGAGUUCUUUGAUCGCCGGACUUCCAUGUUGGUCGAUUUUUCCGGUGAUCAGAUUGUGGCUUAUCUUCUCAUAUCAGCUGCAUCGUCUGCGAUACCAUUGACCAACAGAUUCAGAGAAGGUCAAGAUAACAUAUUCACUGAUUCUGCUGCUUCAGCAAUCAGCAUGACUGUCUUCGCCUUCGUCUCUCUAGCUCUCUCUGGUCUCUUCUCCGGUUACAAACUCUCCACUCAUUCUUUUAUCUGAAUCUGGUUAUAAACCUAAUUAUGUGCUUUUCAAUCGUUUAUUUUAUACCGUGUUGAUGUUUGAGAGAUCCGUGUAAAAUGUCAUUCAUUCUUUAACUUCCUGUUAUGUUGGAUCUGUGACUGUUUGAUGAUACAUUGUACGAAGUGAAAACAUUGAUUGGCUUAAUAUCAUUUUUCUAUUUCUAUGG